AUUCGAUUAGUACUUCAUUCAUGCAUCGUCGAGCACGCAUAUCGGAUCUUUUAUUCAAUUGAUUGUCUGUCGACACCUUUUUGUUCCGUAUAUGCAUUUUGUCCCUUUUUGUAAUUCAUCUCCUACCCACUAUACUACGCGAUAUACUUGUCAAUAGUAUACUUCUCUAUACGGCUCGUCGUCGCAGUAGUAUACGAACGGCCACUUUGAAAUCCUUUCAUCGGCGACUAGAGAUAGACGAGCUUUCGUUUCAUUUCGGAUAUUUUUCAGCUGGAAAUUAGGUCAAAAAAAUAUAAUUCAAGAUGGGUAUGGAACUGGGAGGAUGUGCCAAGUGCUCGAAGUAUCUUCUUAUUGUCUUCAAUGUCCUCUUCUUUCUGGUCGGUAUCGCUCUCCUAGCCGCCGGCAUCUGGGUGAUCGUCCAGCCUUACCAGCUCGAGAUUCUCGAGAUCCUUAACAACCCUCUCAUCAAGAACAGUGCUUACCUCCUCAUUGCCCUAGGAUCCUUCAUCAUCGUCGUGGCUGCUCUAGGAUGCUGCGGUGCCUGCAUGAACUCCAAGUGCCUCCUCGUGGUCUAUUUCAUCAUCAUCCUCAUCAUCUUCAUCGCUCAGCUGGUCGGAUGUGCCCUGGUCCUUGCCUACAGGAGCGAGGUCAACAAAUUUGUCUCAGAAGGUUUAGCUACCACCAUGGAUGAUUACAAGGGCGAGAGUGCAAACGAUACCCUCAGUACUGCAUGGAACGGCAUCCAGAUCCUUCUCGAAUGCUGCGGAACGAAUGGAUACGGAGACUGGGCCGAUGGGACUUGGGUCAAUACAACCUCUCCAAUGAUCGAGAUUGGUGGAAGCUCUUACCCACAGGAAUACCCUGCAACAUGCUGCGUGUUCGAGGAUAAGUACACCAUUCUUGAAGGUGGAGUCUGGCCCACCCCAGUGGACCUCGCCUUGUGUAUGGGCAGAGCAGAUGAUGGCAGCGAAGUAACACCCACCAACGCAACACUCAAUAAAGGGGGCUGCUUCAUGGCCUUCGAAGACCUUGUGAUCGGUCAGAUCGCCAUUGUCGGUGGUGUCGGAAUUGGACUUCUUGUCUUUGAGCUCCUGUCCAUGGCCUUCGCCAUCAUCCUCUGUCGCGGCAUCUCCAAGGGAGAGGACGUUGUCUAGGCAACGCAUCCGUGUACCUGACCACACCCUAAACCAUCCCCCCCCCCCCCCUCUAUCUACACCCAGGUCCAAAAACGUAUAUAACAUAUUCAGAUGCAGAAUACGCCUUUCUCUUUCAAACAGCUGAAACUAUACUACGAAAACACUGAUUUAAAAAAAAUAUAUAUGGUAUUUCAUAUAUUCUGUUUGGGCGUCCAAAUUAAUAUUUUUUUACUGGAAUAUGGGUAAAACAAGAAGUAAAGAAUGAUAAAAUACCUCUUCUUGUAUUGGUUGUCUUUUUUUUAGUAGUAUUUCUUACUAAUCAUUAAUAUCGUGAUAAUAAACAUAUAUUUUUCUGAUUGAAAAUCCUUGAAUUUAGGCAUUUACUGAAGAUGAUUCCAUGCUAUAUUAGUUUUCCAUUUCCCAUUGUGUUGUAGUCAUGAAGAAUGCAAUACUGUGACGAAUGGAACAAAAUAGAGACAAUCUCGGUUAAUACUUUAAGCGAGCACCUUUGAAAUUCGACUUGCGUUUGUAACUUUGCACAGACAGGAAAUAGGGGGUUAGGGUAUUUUUGUACAUAAACCAUUCUAAAUAAAAGUGAACUUUUCGAACUGUUUUUGUUAUUACUACACAAAAUAUAUGAAAUAUAUUCCUUUAUAUUUUUUCUGGAAAAACAUCUAUGAAGGGGCUUACGAAAGAGGCUUAUACAUAUUAAAGUAAUUUUUGGCUGAGAUAAGAAGUUUUUUAACCUUUAUAGAUAGUAAAGUACUUUGAAGGUGUGUAAUUGUUGUUUGUUUCAUCAGAAUAUUCAUGUUAUAUGCGGUAGGAUGUUGAGUACAAUAUAACACAAAAAUAUAUAUUUAGGAUAAAGAUGUAUACAUUUCUAACUUGGAUCUCACUUAUAAAUGUUUAAAGUGUACAUUAUAUGAAGAGUUUGAAGAUAUUUGUCUUUCAAUAUUCAAGAGGCUGUAUUAGUCAAAAAAUAUCUAUAAUGGGUUUUUUAAUUAUUUUUAUUAUGAACUCGUGUUUUGGAAUUAUCUAAGAUGUAAAUAUAUUUAAAGUUGUCCUCCUACUCCUUUAUCUGCACAUGUACAAAAUCCAAGGUUGCCGUUGCCUUGUAGUGACCAACCAAUCUCAUCAUUACCCCCCAUUCGAAGAAAAAAUGUUGAUGAAUUUGUCAUCUUGUUAAGAAAAACUCUGAAAAUUGUUUCUUAACUUUUCUAAAAAUCUUUUCGUCAAGUGUACUAAUAAAUAAACAAUUAGCAGGAUAACUCAUUUAUGUGGAUAACGUGUUUGUGUCCUUAUGUUUAACUGUAUGGUUUGUGGAUGAUGUUUUAUUCUUUUUAUUGUUAGCAUGCUAGUCUUGUAUUUCAGACCUUCAAUGUGUAUAUUGAUGUUGGGUGGUUAUUUUAUUCAGAUUUAAUGAAAACAGGGUCUGACUAUUGCAGACUAGCUUGAGAGUGACCUCGACGCGGUGCAAUGAUCUGGGGAAUAUAUAAGCGCCAUUUCGAUUAUCAACAUUAAUUAUAUUAAUUAUAAUAUUAGGUAGUAGAGGAACAAUGAUUAUAUAUUUUGAUUAUCAACAUUAAUUAUUACAAGUAGAAAAAGGAUGAUUAAAUAUUGAUGUAAAAAUAGAUUGCACAAAUUAAAAUUUUCCCAGCAUGACGACGAUCUACAUGCAAUGUAUCUUCAUCAUGUACAUGCUAGGUUCCCGAUUGUUCUUUAUUUCUAAUUCAUAUAUGAUUUCCGUUUUUUGUCAUUUAGAAUUCUUUGUAGCUAAUAUUCCGGCUGAAUAUGUAAAUGAAGCAACACAUUUUUUCUCUCUUUCUUUCUAUAGACAUAACCCUUAUAGUAAUGCUAGCAAAGGCUGAAGUUAUAUUGUGGAAAAUCAUAAGAUUCAAUUGACAAUCGCGAUUUUGCGAACAUUUUGGAAAAUAACGGACUCGUGGUACAUUAUUUCACUAUUGAACAAACAAAUAAUUGUUCAUACCUAAGUUUACAGCAGAUUUGACACAGGAUAAAUCCUUCUUGGAGAUAGUUGCAGGAGCUAGGUUUCACAGACCGGAACCUUAAAGCAGGACUGCACUACUUGUAGCUACUUGCGCCCUCUAUACAGCCAACAAUGCCUAAGCAGUACCCGUUGAUCCCCAUGGUCCACUUUUCCUUAUUGAGAGCUGAUUUGAUGAGAUAACCACCAACCAGUGACCACGCAGGGAGGUCUAAUCCCUCCUGGCCAAGCUAGUGCAGAUAGCUUUUAAGAAUUAUGUUACGUAUGUCAAUGCUCUCUUUCGGGGAGACGGUAACCAUGUUUCCUCUCUCUUUCGUAAAAUGUAUAUCUUAUUUUUAUUCUUUUUUUAAAAAUAGAUUUUGUCAAUGCUUCAUAAUGAAACAUGUAGAUAAAUAAAAAGAACAUGGUAUUCUAA